UAUUCAUACAAUGACAUAUUUAUUUAAUGUCCUGAAUAAAUCAUUGAUAGAUUUGAAAUUGUUUGAAAUAUAUUUGCUAGUACUCCAAUAUUCAGGGUGUUUCGGAUGUUAUUUUGUUACUCAGCUAUAAUUGCGCUGACAUGCCCCCAGGAGCUGUUAUUUCUAGGUGGCGUCCAGAGGUGAGAGAUGUCCGCAGAAACAUUUUGUAUACAUUUUUCCGCCGUGCGUUUUGAGUAAUGUCCAUAAAAUAGAGCAAUUUGCAUCACACAUGCACGUCUGUGAAUAGGCAUUUUACGGGGUUGCAUGUUCAUGGAUAAAAAUCAACCAGCAUGGUCGUGGAUGCAAAUGGGACUUUAAACCACAGCAACAUGAGAUCUUACGCGACAGAGAGAGCGGAAGAGCCUGGCGCAACUAACAUGAUUUCGGAGGCGCUCGUUCCACACUUGCUGAAGAUUGUGCAAGAGGCGGUGGAGGUGGUGUCCGCCACUUCGCAGUCUUCAACUCUGCUGAUGGAUAAUGGCACCAGGUGCGGGGAACAAAUUCGGAACUACGACAAGAUGGAGAAAGUAUUUAUUGGAGCGAUCCUCACCACGCUCACGCUGUUUACUAUCUGCGGGAACUUGCUGGUGGUGAUUUCGGUGUGUUUCGUGAAAAAGUUGCGGCAGCCGUCCAACUAUCUGAUCGUGUCUCUGGCGGUUGCCGACCUUUCAAUCGCGGUGGCAGUUAUGCCAUUUGUCAGUAUAACGGACCUUAUUGGGGGGCAAUGGGUUUUUGGCCAAGUCUUCUGCAAUGUUUUUAUUGCCAUGGACGUGAUGUGUUGCACUGCAUCUAUAAUGACGCUGUGCGUAAUUAGUAUAGACAGGUACCUGGGCAUAACCAAGCCUCUGACCUACCCUAUGAGGCAGAAUGGCUGUUGCAUGGCCAAGAUGGUGCUGUCCGUGUGGCUCCUCUCCGCCUCCAUCACCCUGCCCCCCCUCUUCGGCUGGGCCCAGAACGUAAACGACAACAAUGUGUGUCUGAUCAGCCAGGACUUUGGUUACACCAUCUACUCCACCUCAGUGGCGUUCUACAUCCCCGUAUCCGUCAUGCUCAUUAUGUACUACCGCAUCUACCGCGCCGCCAAGCUCAGCGCCGCCAAGCACACCAUCACGGGCUUCCCGCGGGUCAGGGAGGAGGAGGCGCGGGGGGAAGAGGAGGAAGCCAUGGAGGAACAGGAGGAGGAAGAGGACAACGUGGACUGUGUGUCGGCCGCCCUGAGGCUCCACAGGGAGGUGGAGGAGUGCACGCGAUUCUCGCGCCUCAUGAGGAGCAACAGGAGGAACAUGUCCAUCUUCAAGCGGGAGCAGAAGGCAGCAGCCACCCUGGGGAUCGUGGUAGGGGCCUUCAGUGUCUGCUGGAUGCCUUUCUUCUUACUGUCCACGGCCAGACCCUUCAUCUGCAGGGCGGACUGCCCUAGCUGUGUGCCCUUGUGGGUGGAGAGGACCCUGUUGUGGCUGGGCUAUGCCAACUCCCUCCUCAACCCUUUCAUCUACGCCUUCUUCAACAGGGACCUGAGGACCACCUACAGUAACCUGCUGCGCUGCCGUUACCGCAAUAUCAACCGCAAGCUGUCUGCCGACGGGAUGCACCAGGCCCUCAAACUGGUUGAAAAGACUCACUCUGUUAUCUAAAUGUGACAAUGGUGUUAUUGUUGUGGUAUUGUGGGAGUUGCCAUCUAAAUGGUGUUAUUGUUGUGGUAUUGUGGGAGUUGCCAUCUAAAUGGUGUUAUUGUUGUGGUAUUGUGGGAGUUGCCAUUUAAAUGGUGUUAUUGUUGUGGUAUUGUGGGAGUUGCCAUCUAAAUGGUGUUAUUGUUGUGGUAUUGUGGGAGUUGCCAUUUAAAUGGUGUUAUUGUUGUGGUAUUGUGGGAGUUGCCAUCUAAAUGGUGUUAUUGUUGUGGUAUUGUGGGAGUUGCCAUCUAAAUGGUGUUAUUGUUGUGGUAUUGUGGGAGUUGCCAUCUAAAUGGUGUUAUUGUUGUGGUAUUGUGGGAGUUGCCAUCUAAAUGGUGUUAUUGUUGUGGUAUUGUGGGAGUUGCCAUCUAAAUGGUGUUAUUGUUGUGGUAUUGUGGGAGUUGCCAUUUAAAUGGUGUUGUGGUAUUGUGGGAGUUGCCAUCUAAAUGGUGUUAUUGUUGUGGUAUUGUGGGAGUUGCCAUUUAAAUGGUGUUGUGGUAUUGUGGGAGUUGCCAUCUAAAUGGUGUUAUUGUUGUGAUAUUGUGGGAGUUGCCACACUGAGGAAGUCUUAGGUCGAUGGUAUCUGCUUGCCUGGUCCUCUACUCAAGAUCUUGCAUGUUCAGACAGUCUAAACCAGGGCUCUCCAACCCUGUUCCUGGAGAGUCACCCUCCUGUAGGUUUUAACUCCAACCCUGUUCCUGGAGAGUCACCCUCCUGUAGGUUUUAACUCUAACCCUGUUCCUGGAGAGCUACCCUCCUGUAGGUUUUAACUCCAACCCUGUUCCUGGAGAGACACCCUCCUGUAGGUUUUAACUCCAACCCUGUUCCUGGAGAGACACCCUCCUGUAGGUUUUAACUCCAACCCUGUUCCUGGAGAGCUACCCUCCUGUAGGUUUUAACUCCAACCCUGUUCCUGGAGAGACACCCUCCUGUAGGUUUUAACUCCAACCCUGUUCCUGGAGAGCUACCCUCCUGUAGGUUUUAACUCCAACCCUGUUACUGGAGGGUAACCCUCCUGUAGGUUUUCGCACCAACCCUGUUCCUGGAGAGCUACCCUCCUGUAGGUUUUAACUCCAACCCUGUUCCUGGAGAGAAACCCUCCUGUAGGUUUUAACUCUAACCCUGUUCCUGGAGAGCUACCCUCCUGUAGGUUUUAACUCCAACCCUGUUACUGGAGGGUAACCCUCCUGUAGGUUUUCGCUCCAACCCUAAUCUAGCCACCUGAUUCUAAUAAUUAGCUGGUUGAAAAAUCUGAAUCAGGUUAGUUACAACUGGGGUUGGAGGGAAAACCUACAGCUCUCCAGGAUCUGUGUUGGAGAGCCCUGGUACGGUAUUGGAGAGGUCUGAUUAUGAAACAAAUAUGAAGCACUCUUUCCAUCUGAAUGUGAGUCCAUGGUCACUGGCUUUGUGUCCGUGACCAUAUGGUUCUUCUUCUGGGCUUUUCCCAGUUGUGCUAUUUGUGAUGAUGUCUCACAGCAAUCAAUGGUGGUUAGCUGUUGCAUGGAACAAAAACAUUUCUGUACAGAAUGUCACUACAACAAUGAUGGUUAGCUGUUGCAUGGAACAAAAACAUUUCUGUACAGAAUGUCACUGCAAUCAAUGGUGGUUAGCUGUUGCAUGGAACAAAAACAUUUCUGUACAGAAUGUCACUACAACGGGCCUCCCGGGUGGCGCAGUGGUCUAGGGCACUGCAUCGCAGUGCUAACUGCGCCACCAGAGUCUCUGGGUUCGCCCCCAGGCUCUGUCGCAGCCGGCCGCGACCGGGAGGUCCGUGGGGCGACGCACAAUUGGGCUAGCGUCGUCCGGGUUAGGGAGGGUUUGGCCGGUAGGGAUAUCCUUGUCUCAUCGCGCUCCAGCGACUCCUGUGGCGGGCCGGGCGCAGUGCGCGCUAACCAAGGGGGCCAGUUGCACGGUGUAUCCUCCGACACAUUGGUGCGGCUGGCUUCCGGGUUGGAGGCCCGCUGUGUUAAAGAAGCAGUGCGGCUUGGUUGGGUUGUGCCUCGGAGGACGCAUGGCUUUCGACCUUUGUCUCUCCCGAGCCCGUACGGGAGUUGUAGCGAUGAGACAAGAUAGUAAUUACUAGCGAUUGGAUACCACGAAAAUUGGGGAGAAAAGGGGAUAAAAA